ACAUUAGUCGUAUAAGCCGGGUCAACAUGGAACCCGUGAUUAAAUGUCAACCUAUAGUGCUGCGCUGUUUUCCGUCUUAGAAUUUGUUUUUACAAAUGACACAGAAUAAUGACGCGCUCGAAGAUCCAGAUGAUAAAAGUUUUUAUAUUUCUGUUGAUCUUCCUAUUACAACAGAGCGCAGUAUGCAAUGAAAGUUUUAGGAUAAACAGGGUUGUACCUAAAUCACUAUCAGUAGACAAAAGUGUUGUUGAACCAGUAAAAAAGGAUAGCGCACAGAUUUCGUUAAAUAGACAAAAAAAGCAACAACAAUAUGCAGUAUUAUUUGGCGGCACAACAAUUUCCGAAGUUAAUAAAGCGGUGGAUAAUGUAACCUUAAAACAAACAGAUGUUAAUAAAACUACAAAUACUACAAAGUUACGAAAUGAGCAUGUGGGUGAAGGACAUGCACCUUCUUUAAAUGCUGGAGCUCUGAAGCGUGGUUUUUAUGUGUUUGUGGGGCUAACUGUUCUUGUCAUGGCCUAUAUCGUGUUCCGUAGCUUUAGGUUAAGUAAAACACGUGCCCAAAUGGUCAGAAAAUAUGGUGUUCUUGCACAUAGACAAGAUGUUGAGAUGCGACCAUUACCAUUGGAUGAAGAAGAUGAUGAAGAUACUACAGUUUUUGAUGCGAGUAAUGUCUUAACAAAUAAUGUUCCGCAUCAAAAUUUAUAAAAAUAAUCAGCAUUAGAUAUGUUGAUUAUGUCAUAAAUUUUCAGUUAUGUAAAAAAGAUUUUCUUGUAUAUGGUGGUA